AUGUCAAGACGCUACGACAGUCGCACGACCAUCUUCUCGCCUGAAGGCCGCCUCUAUCAAGUCGAAUACGCCCUUGAAGCCAUCUCACAUGCCGGUACAGCGCUCGGAAUCCUCGCCACAGAUGGAAUCGUCCUCGCAGCAGAGCGCAAAGUCACCAGCAAGCUCCUGGAGCAAGAUACAAGCGCCGAGAAGCUGUACAUCUUGAACGACAACAUGAUCUGCGCCGUUGCAGGCAUGACCGCAGACGCCAACAUCCUCAUCAACUACGCCCGACAAGCCGCCCAGCGAUACCUCCUCACAUAUAACGCCGACAUCCCAUGCGAACAGCUCGUACGGCGGCUGUGCGAUUUGAAGCAAGGAUACACACAGCACGGUGGUCUGCGACCUUUCGGAGUGUCCUUCAUCUACGCAGGAUGGGACAACCAGCGGCAGUUCCAGCUGUACCAGUCGAAUCCAUCAGGCAACUACACUGGCUGGAAGGCCACCAGCGUCGGCGCAAACAACGCAAGCGCUCAGUCAUUACUCAAGCAGGACUACAAUGAGGAAUGCACCCUCAAGCAGGCAUGCGAGUUGGCUGUGAAGGUGUUGAGCAAGACGAUGGACAGCACGAAGCUGUCGAGUGAGAAGAUUGAGUUUGCCACAGUCGGCCGGACAGAGAAGGGCACCAUCUAUCACAAACUCUGGGCAGCUGAGGAGAUUGACGCGCUGCUUAAGGAGCAUGGUCUUGGCAAGGCCAGUGAGGAGGAGCCAGCUGCAUAG